CAAAGGAAAGUUCACCUGUAUCGAGGCUCGUUUCCAUCUGGAGAGGCAGAUGGGCUAUUACCUGAUUCAGAUGUACAUCCCCAGCCUUCUGAUUGUCAUUUUGUCCUGGGUGUCUUUCUGGAUCAACAUGGACGCUGCACCUGCCAGAGUGGGACUGGGCAUCACCACCGUGCUCACUAUGACCACCCAGAGCUCCGGGUCUAGAGCCUCGCUCCCCAAGGAGGACGAGGGCGGUGAGGGCCGGUUCAGCUUUGCUGGCUACGGCAUGGGACCGGCCUGCCUGCAGGCCAAAGACGGCAUGGCCAUCAAAGGCAACAACAACAACGCCCCGACCGCCACAGCUGGCCCGCAGGAGAAGACCGUGGAAGAGAUGCGCAAGCUCUUCAUCGGCCGCGCGAAAAGGAUUGACACGGUCUCCCGUGUGGCUUUCCCGCUAGUCUUCCUCAUUUUUAAUAUUUUCUACUGGCUCAUAUACAAGAUCAUCCGAAGCACGGAUGUCCACCAGAUGACGUAAGCAAGGGAAGAGAGAGAGAGAGAAAGAGAGAGAGAGAGAGAGAGAUUAAUCGAGUUCAAUACCACGCCAUCCUGCUCUCAAAGCCAAUAUUCCUUGCUCUUCACUUGCUCACUUGCUUUCGGUGGCUUUAUAGCCUUGGCAAACAUAAUUUAUCAGUAUUAUUAUUUUCUUUCUUUCUCCCCCUGUUUUUUUCCUGAAUAAUCCGGACCAGUGCAAUAGCAAUGCAGUAAAAUGCAUGAUUUAUGAAUGUGGCAAUAUAUUUAAAAAAGAAGAAAAAAUGAUCAAGAAGUAAAAAUUAAGACUUAAAGAAAUCCAAGAACUUCAGAAUUUAUGAUAACUGGGAACUUGAAAAGAUCGAGAGAGAUGCUCUUUUUUUUUCGCAACUUGAAGGCAGAUACUGCAUUAUAACAAAGAAGUAGUUGGGUAAGGAUACUGCACUGUAACAUAGCAUAUAUCUAUCAUACAUUUAAAAACUGUUAGUUCUUCAAAAGGCCCAUGUGUCUGGAUGGAACACCCAUGGAGGGAUUUUUAAAGGACUCUAUGACAAUUCGGUGCUUCCAUGACUAAAGUGAUGCAAGGAUCAUGUGUCCUUUAUAUCUAAAUUUGCUUCAAUGUGUAUUGCAAGCACUUAUCAAUGCUUUCCCUACGACCGCAACAAAAACUGAGUUUUCAUUUGGUUGAUGCUGCUAUCAACUACAUGAAGGAAACCUGAUGAGUAGGAAAGUGAAAAUAAUAUUAUGUUGUUUAUAAAUGCUGUGGUCAAUGUGUCUGUCUGUCCUGA